CUCCGCAGCGUUGACAGGACCACCCGCCACCGCCAGGAUCAGCUGCUGGGCACGGGAGGAACAGGAAGGGGUGGAGCUGCAUUAUGGAAGGCUGCUGAGCAAUCAGUCGACCACAGCGAAGGGUAAUCGGGUGUCCCCAGCGCCACCGGGGCUUGGCCCUAGGCCGGUAGGGGCCGGAAGGGCGAAGAAGCCCUGUCUGGGAAACCCGGCUAUGCCCCGCCACGGAGUGUCAACCCGCUGGGGCCAUCCCAGGUUCUGCUGGGAGCAGGCACUGGAGAGGACCUCGGGAGCUCCCAGUCUGAGACUCCCUUGGAUGGUCCUGAGCCUGGCGCUGAUGCUGGUUCUACUUGACCCCAUGGUUCUCUGGGCCCCUGCCAGAGCUCACCCUCUUCCUGCUCAAGACCAUCCUGCCAGGUUUGAUGGCAUUGUCCCCCAGCUCCGGGAUACCUUUGGGUGGAGAAACCUCACCUGCCCAGUCUGCAAAGGCCUCUUCACCGCCAUCAACUUCGGACUGAAGAAAGAGCCCAAUGUGGCACGGGUGGGCUCAGUGGCCAUCAAACUGUGCAAGAUGCUGAACAUUGCACCACCGGCUGUGUGCCAGUCAGCUGUCCAGCUCUUUGAGGAUGAUAUGGUGGAGGUGUGGACACGCUCCGUGCUGAGCCCAUCUGAGGCCUGUGGCUUGCUCCUGGGCUCUACCUGUGGGCAUUGGGAUAUUUUCUCAUCUUGGAACAUCUCUCUGCCAGCUGUGCCGAAGCCACCUCCCAAGCCACCCAGUCCACCAGCCCCAGGUGCCCCUGUCAGUCGCGUUCUCUUUCUCACUGACCUGCACUGGGAUCAUGACUAUUUGGAGGGCACAGAUCCUAACUGUGCAGAUCCUCUGUGCUGCCGCCGGGGCUCUGGCCUGCCACCCACCUCUCAGCCAGGUGCUGGAUACUGGGGAGAGUACAGCAAGUGUGAUCUGCCCCUGAGGACCCUGGAGAGCCUGUUGAGUGGGCUGGGCCCUGCUGGCCCUUUUGAUAUGGUGUACUGGACAGGAGACAUCCCCGCCCAUGAUGUCUGGCAACAGUCUCGUCAGGACCAGCUGCGAGCCCUGACCACCAUCACAGACCUUGUGAGGAAGUUCUUGGGGCCAGUUCCAGUGUACCCUGCUGUGGGCAACCAUGAGAGCACACCCGUCAAUGGCUUUCCUCCCCCCUUCAUAGAGGGCAACCACUCUUCCCGCUGGCUCUAUGAGGCAAUGGCCAAGGCAUGGGAGCCCUGGCUACCUGCUGAAGCCCUUCACACCCUCAGAAUUGGGGGGUUCUAUGCCCUUUCCCCACGCCCAGGCCUCCGCCUCAUCUCUCUCAAUAUGAAUUUUUGUUCCCGUGAGAACUUCUGGCUCUUGAUCAACUCCACAGACCCCGCUGGACAGCUCCAGUGGCUGGUGGGGGAACUUCAGGCUGCUGAGGAUCGAGGAGAAAAAGUGCAUAUCAUUGGUCACAUUCCCCCAGGGCACUGCCUAAAGAGCUGGAGCUGGAAUUACUACCGGAUUGUAGCCAGGUAUGAGAACACCCUGGCUGGUCAAUUCUUUGGUCACACUCAUGUAGAUGAGUUUGAGGUCUUCUAUGAUGAAGAGACUCUGAGCCGGCCACUGGCCAUAGCCUUCCUGGCACCCAGCGCCACCACCUACAUCAGCCUUAAUCCUGGUUACCGCGUCUAUCAAAUAGAUGGAAACUAUACCGGGAGCUCUCACGUGGUCCUGGACCACGAGACCUACAUCCUGAACCUCACACAGGCAAAUGCACCUGGAGCCACACCACACUGGCAGCUCCUCUACAGGGCUCGAGAAACCUAUGGGCUGCCCAAUGCACUGCCGGCUGCCUGGCACGACCUGGUAUACCGCAUGCGGGAUGACAUGCGACUCUUCCAGACCUUCUGGUUUCUCUAUCAUAAGGGCCACCCGCCCUCGGAGCCCUGUGGUGCACCCUGCCGCCUCGCUACUCUGUGCGCCCAGCUCUCUGCCAGAGCUGACAGCCCUGCUCUGUGCCGCCACCUGGUGCCGAAUGGGAGCCUCCCAGGUGUCCAAACCUUGUGGCCAAGGCCCCUGUUCUGCUAGGGCCACACGGCCCAGAGUCAAGAAUGUUAGUGUUACGAAAGGAGCAAAAGCCUGAGUGUACUGUGAUUCAACCUGGCAGAACAUCCCAGGGAAGAGCCCAUCCUCAGGCCCCACGUAUACUGGGAAACAAGACCUUCCUUCUAGAGCUGGUUUAGCUGGAUUUGGGAGAGGGUUUGGCUGCUCCACCUGCCCAGGAUCCAGACUGCCCUAGGGCUGCUGUCCUUUCAUGGCUAUGGAACUGAGGCCUAAAUGCCCUGGGCACUCAUACGGUAGCUGUCAUGCCAGGCCAGGAACCCUGCACCACUGCUGCUACCUGAUCCUGCCAGGCUGGUAAAAUAAAGAUAAAAAGAGACUUGGA